AAUUGCGACGUGCCCUAAAUUUUUUUAUGAACAUUUUUGCCUUUUCUAAUUGAAUUCGGAAGAAAGCAAAAUGUGUCGUCGAUUACGUUAUUACAUAAAAAGGACUAUAAAUAAAUUUAUUAAUUUGAAAGAUGUAGUAAUGUACAAUUUUGGUAGUAUUUGAGCAUACGAAAUAUAUACCCCAAGGUCAAUAUAAAAAAAGUGAAUCUUAAGCAUUUGCAAAAUAAUUUAUAUUUGUCCACAUAUGUGUACAUCAGUCCUUCGUGCAAAUACGUCAGUAGAGAAUCGGUUGCUGAUCCGGCACUUUUUGCAGUCUUGACUACAGGAAAUGAUGUGUAUCCAGACACAGGUGUGAACGGCAUGUUAGGAUUUGCAGCAAAUGGAGGCACUACUGGAGGCUCAAAUGGGCCUGUAGUGUAUAUCAGUAAUAUCUCGGACCUAUAUGAUUAUGCUUGUGACAUCGAACCUCGUACAUUAGUCAUAACCACAAAUAUUGUUUCACCGGAAAAAGUGAUAAUUGAAAUGGGCGCUAACAAAUCAAUAAUUGGCUCUUGGAAAGCAAAUAUUAUUGACAAUGUAUAUUUGGAAGCGUCAGAAAAGUCAAGCAACAUCAUACUGCAAAAUUUGGUAUUCAAGCACGAUGUUAGAAAUAUCCGCAAUGAGGAGACGCAGCUAAUAUUUCAAUAUGGAUGUUGUUACUGGAUUGACCAUUGUACGUUUGAUGGACGUGAAUCGCACGAAUAUGAUUUAGGAAAACUGCUAAAAAUGAAUGUAUUAAAGACCUUGAACUAUAUAAUAACUAUCCUCGCAUUUCUAUAAUGUUUAAUUACUUUGACAACAUUUAUGUUCGUGCGCCAGGCUUGAUGCGCUUUGGCAUGUUCCAUGUUUAUAAUAAUUAUAUUAACAA